AUGAAAAAUGUUUUGUUUAAAGGUAGUAAAUUUAUACCUACUUUUUUUCCUUCUCUUGCUGACAUAUAUUUUGAAAUUAAAGCUUUCAUUAGAAAGCUAUUGUUAAAGGUUUAUUUUAAAGGAGAAGAUGAGUUAGUUUCUGGAAAUGUUGAUUCUAAUGUCUGUUGCACUACCAUUGAUUUGGAUGAUAGCCAACUGAAUUUGUCUUUAUAUGACUAUGAUGGGUCAGACCUCUAUGAGUUGUAUGAAAAUGAUGAACAAGUGAACCAUGACAGUAAUUAUAACACUGGUUAUGGUGAAAGGAAUAAUGUAAUAAUGUACAAGCGCUUUAUAGAUGAUCUUAUUUUUAUCUGUAAGGGAGAUAUAAUUGAAUUUUUUGAAUUUGUUGAGGUCUUAAACAAUAAUGGACACAAUCUUUCCUUUUCUUAUGAGUUAAACAGAACACAGAUUAAUUUUUUAGAUCUGUCACUAUUUGAAAAUGGGGAAAAUAUAGGAUUUAGGCCUUUUAGGAAAUCUACUUCAGUUAAUAUGUUUUUGCAUGCGACCAGCAUGCAUCCUGAUCAUCUAUUAAAGGCAUUACCUUAUGGUGAAUUUAAGAGAAUUAUUGACCAUACCAGUAAUGUAAAUGAAAAAGCUAAUGAAUUGAACAAAGUUGUGUUGAGGUUAAGUGAAAGAGGUUAUAACAAAACACAGUUAUUUAUAUGCAGGGAUAAAUUACUUGGUAAAAAAGCAGACGUCGUAAAUUUUGAAUCAAGACAUGAAGAUUUCACUAUGGAACAUAAUAAAGAUGGUGAAAAACUUUUUUAUGUAACCAAGUUCACUGCUUUUUCUGAAAAACUGGUGUCAUUGGUUAGAAAAUACUGGGGACUGAGGAAAUGGCAUUUUGUGUUAGUCAUGGUAUAUUUCCAUGGAUGCGGUUCAGCACCCAGAAGGAAACAGAGGGACUCCGGCACCCACAUCUUCUAUGCAGUGCAACUUGAUGGAGACAGCAACGAUGCAAAAUCCUUGGCUGAGCGACAUGGUCUGAAGUUCAUUUCCAAGAUAGGAAAUCUAGAAGGACAUUAUACAUUCAAGGACCAUAAAGGAGUAAUGAGCAAAAAGGACAUGGUGGAAAGGCUGUCUAAAGAACAUCUAGUAAAAUGGGUAGAACAUCAGCGGGCUCAUUACAGAGACAAACGUGCUGUAUUCUCAAUGUCGGGUGACAGGACUGGUCAUGAAUUUAUACAAGCAGAACGUGAGAUCCCUAUUGCUGUUUAUAGCAUCAUGAAUUCUGAUGAAGGAUUGAAAGAUCCAGUGGUAUUUAAUGACCCCUACUGGCCAAUGCAGUGGGAACUGUAUAACCAUGGCCAAUACGGUGGUCCUAAAAGAUUUGAUCUGAAUAUAAUGCCAGUCUGGAAGAGAGGCAUCAGUGGUAGAGGAGUUGUGGUAACCAUUAUUGAUGAUGGAGUGGAUCCCACCAACAGAGAUUUGAGGAGUAACUUUGAUCUAUAUGCAAGCUUUGACCUUCGUGAUGCUCAUGGCCUUUCCCAUGACCCAACUCCACCCAGUGACCUCAGAAGUGGGCAUGGUACGAGGUGUGCCGGUGAAAUUGCGAUGGUAGCCAACAACUCCUUCUGUGGUGUCGGCAUUGCCUUCAACUCAAGAAUUGGUGGUAUCCGUUUGCUGGAUGGUCCUGUCACAGAUGCCAUGGAAGCCACAUCUCUUACAUAUAACAAUGACUAUAUAGAUAUCUACAGCUGCUGCUGGGGACCAAAAGAUAACGGGAAGAAGAUGGGCGGGCCUGGAAUACUAACUAAAAAAGCACUUCGACUAGGAGCUGAAAAGGGAAGAAAUGGAAAAGGGAGCAUUUUUGUGUGGGCCUCAGGGAAUGGAGGAAUGGUGAAUGACCACUGUGGAGCUGAUGGAUAUGUCAACAGCAUCUACACUAUUGCAAUAGGAGCUAUCACACAUUAUGGCUUCCCUGCUUUCUUUGGUGAGCCCUGCCCUGCAGUAAUGGCUGUCACUCUUACUGGUGCCCCAUACAGUUUGUUUGGAGGUCGUCUACCUUUGGUGACUUCCAGCAACACAGAUGAUGGCUGUGUAACCCACUUCACAGGAACAUCAAGUGCUGCUCCCAUGGCAGCCGGAGUGCUGGCUCUGGUGUUGGAAGCAAAGUAG